GAAAAAAACUUGACAGAUAGAUUUCGAUAUUCGAUAUUCGAGAUUCGAGUGUAGUGAAGUGUCGACGACUCCUGUAAUGCGCUAAAAUAUGAACCAGAGUUAAAAUAAUCUUACUGUAAAUUUUUACAACUUUGUAACAUAAAUAAUCUUUGUAAAGUUCAUAUUUAUAAUUAUCAAAUAUUUAUGUAAAUUAUUAUUAAUAAUAGAUUUUAAAUACAUAUGUAUGAACACUUAUAAUUACUUUUACAAGUCGAAUUGACUGAUGCGUCUGUUUCGAAUUUCAUAUAAUAUUAUGAAUCAGUUUAUUCUUAAAUUAAUCAAGGAUUGGAUAUUAUUUGAUAUUUAGUUAAUAACAAAUGUGGUAAUGAAAGAAGUUCAAUAUGAAAUGUGUUACACCAGGAGCAAAUAUAAAAAUUUUAGCCAAAGCUAUACAUACAUUAGCAAAAAUUGGAGAUGAGAUGUACAUAGAGCCACAAAAAGAUGCUUUAUCAUUUCGCACAGUUAAUAUGGCAAAUUCAGCCUAUGCUGAUUUUACAUUCUUCCAAAAUUUUUUUUCAUACUACAAUUAUGGCGAUCUGCAGGAGAGUGAUGCACUGAAAUGUAAAAUUUCAUUGAGGAGUGCCAUGACUGUAUUUAAAUCUCCAACAUUGAUGGAUAGACAGAUAGUAACGUGCCAUAUUAAAUUGGAACCAGAUGCAUCUGAAAUUUUGUUCAUUCUAAAAUAUAAGAAUAGUAUUACUAAAACUCAUCUGUUACCCAUAUUAGAUUGUGAAAUAUUACAAACUUCAUAUGAUAAAGACUGUGCAUCAAAUAAACUUUCAGUUCAACCACGUGUUUUAGGAGACGCGUUACAAAAUUUUCAUCAACAAUUAGUAGAAAUAACGCUUGAAGUUUCGGUUCAAAAACUUUUAUUAAGAAACUAUGUAGAUGAUAGUUCAGGAUUGUCAAAUACAACACGUACACAACUUGCUCUUGGCAAAGGAGAAUUUGAUCGAUAUGAUAUCAAUAGUGAAACAUCAAUAACAUUUUGUAUGAAGGAAUUUAAAUCUCUGUUAACUUUCGCGGAACUUGUGGGUGUUCCAAUUGGCACCUACUUUGAAGGAGCAGGAAGACCAGUUAUAUUUGCAUUAAAAAAUCCAUCUUUUGAAGCCAAUUUAGUAUUAUCUACAGUAAGUUCUGAUGCUGAUAGCCAAACUGAAACAACAUUAGACGGUAGACAAGAGAAAUCUGUGAAAAGAAGAGGCGAAAGUAAGAAAAUCUCUAGAAGAGCCAAUAAAUCUACAAGUAAAAUAGAUGAUAAAUCAGCUAAGCGGCAUAAAACAUUAGAGAAUGCUACUUCUAAAACUAUACAUCCAUGUUUAAUGGAAAAUAGAAAGGAAACAAAUCAAAGUAUUUCUGUAGAACGACAUGCUUUAUCAGUUAAUAAAUCUACAAGAGAUAAUGCUAAUUCAAAUGAAGUGAGUCAUUUGUUAAAAGAACAAAAUGCAAAUAAAGAAUCUCAAUUAUGUUCUUCAUCAAACUAUGAGACAAGUAAAAAAUCUAUAAGUGGAAAAAGAUUAGUUAGUUCUGUAUUUUCUUCAAUAACAAAAAGAAAGUCGAGCUGUGAUGAAACUGAUAAACAACAAAUGCAAGAUAAUAAUAAUUCUGAUAUGUUAAGAGAUGCAAUACCAAAUUCACCACCUCCACCAACCAAGAAAGCUCGUUUAAUAUUUCAGAAGUGUUUUCAAACAACAUUUGAUCCACAGACAUUACCUGGAUAUGAUAUAAUUUUGGCGGAAGAUUCAGACGAGUGUUGUAAUGAAUAAAUAUGUCUUACAAUUGUUUUAA